AUGCCCGCUCUUGAGAUAACCAACUUCAACAUCAUCGUCAGCCUCCUGGGCGGGUGGAUUGCGGCAUUUGGAUUGGUCUCCUAUCUGUCCAAGGAGAACCUCUACCUCUCUGAGGCCCUCGUAUCCCUCCUGGCCGGCGUUGCUUUCUCCCCAGCCGGAGCCAACUUCAUUCGCCCCCUCGACUAUGCUGGCAAUAGCAAAGAUGUCGAGGCCAUUACGCUAAACUUCACGCGACUGGUGCUAGGCGUGCAGCUUGUCAUUGCAGGUGUGCAGCUCCCCAGUAGGUACUUGCAAAAGGAAUGGAAAUCACUCUCUAUUCUCGUGGGAGUCGUCAUGGCUAUGAUGUGGUUGACCACCAGUCUGCUGGUAUGGGCCUUUAUGCCACAACUCCCGCUCCUCCAUGCCUUGGCCAUAGGAGCCUGCGUCACUCCAACCGAUCCGAUUCUGUCCAGUGCUAUCGUAAAAGGCAAAUUUGCCGAGCAUAACGUGCCUAAGAAGCUCCAGCAGAUCAUCGUUGCCGAAUCCGGAGCCAAUGACGGCCUCGGAUAUCCGUUCCUCUUCCUUGCCCUGUAUCUCAUCAAGUACACCAGUGACGAAGCGAAUCCAGCAGAUGGCGGCUCUUUGACAGCCAUCAGUCUGUGGUUGGGAGACACGUGGGGCUAUACUAUCCUCUUGAGCGUCGCAUACGGCGCCGCUGCAGGCUGGGCCGCCAAAGAUCUAUUGCACUGGGCCGAGAAGCGAGAGUAUAUCGACAAAGAGAGCUUUGUAGUAUUCGCUAUCGCUCUGGCCCUGUUUGUCUUGGGCACAUGUGGUAUGAUUGGAAGCGAUGAUGUGUUGGCUUGCUUCGUGGCCGGUAAUGCCUUCACCUGGGAUGACUGGUUCCGCCUACAAACUGAGCAUGACUCUUUUCACCCAACCAUCGACAUGUUACUCAACAUGACCAUAUUCAUGUGGUUUGGCGCAGUAUGCCCGUGGAGUGAUUUCUUGAACAGCGACGUCAUCUCAAUUUACCAAUUAAUUCCUCUCGGCAUUCUGGUCCUGCUCGUUCGACGGCUCCCAUGGGUGUUGGCCGCACAUAAAUACAUCCACCAAAUCUCAGACACAAGGGAGGCAUUGUUCGCAGGGUUCUUUGGCCCCAUUGGAGUGUCCGCCGUCUUUUACGUGUACAUUUUGGCUGAGUUUAUCGACAAGUACCUAGUCGACGGAGACGAGGUCCGCGCCGACGUCAAAGACCUUCGGGAAGCCGGUCUGGUCGUUGUCUGGUUUCUUGCCGUUUGCAGUGUGGUUGUUCAUGGUCUGUCUAUCCCCGUGGCAAAGGUUGGCUUCUUUGUUCGUGAAAAGGUCAUGGGACGCCUUAGGUGUGAGAGCUUGGGGUCCAGUGAAGCCUUACCUCAAAGCCAGCUAUCGCCAGGUCCUGCCAACGUGGAGACACCGUUGUUGCCCAAGUCCUAUCAGUCCUUUCAAAGCAUACGGGAAGAGAGACUGGGAUCUUCUUGUUGA